ACUUUCUUCGUGGCUAACGAGAACUAGCUAGCUCUGUUAACUCAUACCGGUUGUGGACAUUUCCUUGCAGCUGCGAGCGCUGUUUUGACGUUUCAGAGCGCUCACAUUAAAUCAAAAGCCCACCGCAGAGACGUGAUCGCUGUCAGACUGAAGCACCCUAGCUGUCCUCGGGACUGUCCGUGGCUCUCGUUUUGUAAUUGGCAGGACAGUGUCUCUUUCCCAUCCCAAGGAACUAUCCAACCUCACUGUGGAUCUCUAGCCCCCCCUCACCUGGCAGGACAGUGGCAGAGGCAGAGCCAUCAGGGAUCCGAGCAUCACACAGUAGGGCUCCAUGAGCACCACGGGGCAGCAGCAGGGAGCGGGGCUGCGUUCUCGCCGAAGCCUUGGCCGGGACAAGGACCCCGGUCAAGGCAUGGUCAUGGAGGCGGCCUGCUGCAUGGCCCCUGGAGUUCUGCGUAGGCUGAUCGAGCUUCCCUCUCCUCCGCUGUCUCAACACCAACUCAAGAGACUAGAGGAGCAUAGAUACAGCAGUGCAGGACGCUCCCUGCUGGAGCCGCUGAUGCAGAAGUACUGGGAGUGGUUGGUGGGACAGGUCCCUUCCUGGAUCGCUCCCAACCUCAUCACCAUCAUUGGCUUGGCCACCAAUGUCUUCACCACCCUCGUGCUGGUUUAUUACUGUCCCACUGCCUCUGAACAGGCUCCUCUCUGGGCAUACCUACUGUGUGCAGUGGGGCUUUUUAUCUACCAGUCGCUGGACGCCAUUGAUGGGAAGCAGGCCAGACGCACCAAUAGCAGCUCCCCCCUGGGUGAGCUGUUUGACCACGGCUGUGACUCCCUCUCCACAGUGUUUGUGGUGUUGGGGACCAGUAUAGCUGUGCAGCUGGGCACCAACCCAGACUGGAUGUUCUUCUGCUGCUUUGCUGGGAUGUUCAUGUUCUAUUGUGCCCACUGGCAAACGUACGUGUCAGGAACGCUGCGCUUUGGCAUCAUUGAUGUGACUGAGGUGCAAAUCUUCAUUAUAAUCAUGUAUUUGCUGGCCGCCGUGGGAGGAUCUGCUUUUUGGCAGUCACUGAUUCCGAUCCUAAACAUCCAGAUGAAAAUGAUUCCCGCCAUCUGCACUUUUUUAGGAGCCGUCUUCUCUUGCACUAAUUACUUCAGAGUUAUUUUCACUGGAGGCGUGGGCAAAAACGGAUCCACAAUAGCUGGAACCAGCGUCCUCUCUCCAGUCCUCCAUAUUGGUUCCGUUAUAAUUUUGGCAAUGAUGAUAUACAAAAAGUCUGCUGUCCAGCUCUUCGAGAAACAUCCGUGUCUUUAUAUCCUGGCCUUCGGCUUCGUAUCGGCAAAAAUCACCAAUAAAUUAGUUGUAGCACAUAUGACAAAGAGUGAGAUGCAUCUUCAUGAUUUAGCCUUCCUGGGACCAGGAUUACUGUUCCUCGAUCAAUAUUUCAAUAGUUUUGUUGACGAGUACCUGGUGCUCUGGAUAGCCCUGAUCAUUUCCCUGUUUGACUUGGUGCGUUACUGUGUCAGUGUUUGCAACCAGAUUGCCUGCCAUCUUCGCAUUUGUGUUUUCAAAAUCAAGCCCUUCUCAGUGGCCAGACCAUCUCCUCACUGAGGGGACACUGGCGUGGCGCGGCAAGGCCCGUUACCGACUCUGUCCCUUCCAGCUAGUCGCGCUCGUCUUCUCUUCCCUCCGUUUUCCACACGAAGAGGCGUGAGAUGACCCGGGGUCAAGUUUUUGCUUCUGCCAGCUGAAUGUGAGGACAAAUAACAUACGUGAGAUACUGGAAUAUUACUGUCACACUUCUUUUUUCUUUUGCCAGUACAGAACUGAAUUUGCACUAGUAUCUUCUUCUGACAAAUUCAAGAUGGCGGAACUCUUUAGUAUUACAGGAGAGAACAGGUGCUACUGGGUGUGUUCAAGGAGAGAAACGUCAAUGUUUUAACCGUACAACUACAAGAAAGUAUAAGAAAAUAACCAGACGUUUGCUUUUCAUGAUUAUAAUCUUUGUUACUUUUGCAUAACUUUACCUUUUGCUGUAAAUACCAAACUCACAGUGACCCUGCUUCUCUUAAGUCCUGCUUUCAGCACAUUUAGAAAAUCUUCAUCAUGUGAUUUCAAAGCAGCUUCAUCUUCUGCACAUCGGUUCUGGAGGAAACGUAAUCACCACUUUGUUAGGUUUUCUCUAAUAUUAACAUAUCUGAACGUUUUUUUUUUGUACAAACUGCAAAAUAUUCACUGCCAGUCUUCUCAGUUACGUUAGCACUUUUGUUUUUUACCUUUCAUGUGAGGAGAAGUCGUUUGGUUUUGCAUCGUGGAGUGGGUAAACGUGAGCCUAAGCUUCAUUUACGUUUAUCGUUGACUCGUUUAAAAAGCAAUUAAAAUGAUUUCUAAUGAAAAUAUUUUAGGAUAGAUUCCACUUCCUGUUUAUAGAGGCCUUUGAUUUCAGCAAAAACUUCUCAUGCAAAGAUCUUUUCUCAUUUUGCAUUCAUUAAUACCAAAAUGUAUUAAAAUGAUUGAUGUCAAAGGUCACUCCAGUUGCCACCCCCAAGCUCCAUCCGACGUUUUUGACGAUUUUAAAUCCGUCACAAAACCCCACGACAAGACCGAAAACACUCACUUUUAUGACUCAGUUGUGGUGAGAAAAAUGUCGAUGAACCUUUUAUCCGUAAGUUUUCUGAAGCUGCUUGUCCCCUACCUUUGAAGAAGAUUAAAACGUUUUUGAGUCUAAACCAACAAGACGAUGUAGAAAAGUCACACGAUGUGGUUAAAAGUCUCUUCAUGAAAUUUGUUGACAAGGAAACGAGGCUCCACACACACUACGUGUUGUUUCAGGUGUUAGGCUUCUUCAUCUCAGCUGUGAAACAUGAUCAGUGUUAUGACAUAUCACCCCCCCCACACACACACACACACACACCCUUCCCCCCCAAACACACACAUGCACAUGUGAAUGAAUGCACAGGAGACGAGGUCACAUGAUGACCUUGCUGUUUUUGACGUGGUGACUGAGGAUCUGAUCAAACUUAAACCUUAUUUAGCAUAAAUCCUGUCGAGGUCACGUUUAACGUGACUGCGUUGGUUAAAGAGCAGAUUAGUAGCAGAUACAUUUAUUGCUUCUGUACACGGUGCCUGUUUAUAUUUACGUUACACAUCCUGUUGCCUCUGUAGUUUCAGAUCUGCCAUGAUGACUUAAUGUUUAGAAGCGUUCGGCAGAAAGAGACCGUUGUCCUCCGAGUGUUAAAAGAUCACUUCAACCAAAUCACAAUAAAGGUUUCCUCUUUAAUCCGUUCAAUGGGAAACAUGUCUAGAAUAUUUUAGAUCACAACGAUUUUAAAAGGAUUCAAAUAAGUGUUUGGAGGAAAAAUGUAAAAAAUGUGAUUUCCGAGGGGAGAAUCUGUUGCAGACAAUAAAAAUGAACUAAAUCGGUUUUGUUUGCUAAUGAAUCAAAGUAAGAUUUAAGAACUGACUUUGAAUUUAAAAAGCAAAACCAAGUUAAAAAGUAUUUUACCAUAACAUGAAACAACCAGUUAAAAAGUGACCAAGGACUAAACUUUACUAUUGAUAAAUGUGAAAAACGUAACACUAUUUCUAAAUUAGGCUGACCAUCACGACAGUUUAAAAGAAUUUUGAUUGAUUUAGAGGAAAUGUGAAGAAAAGAUCCAGGCCUUAAUAAUUUCAAACUAAAUUUGGUUUCAUUUAAAGUCUUGCCUGAAGACAAAAAUCAGGACAAUCUUUGACAAACAGGAAAUGACUUCUGAUAAAGACUGAUUGUGGUUUGGGUGACCUGAGCCAUCCGGGAUUUACAAACUUCCUGUCUGGGAAAAUCUCACCUGUAAAAAAACUUGGACUCAGUAUGUUUUAUUUAGUCUUUAUUUUCAGUGUUACACGAACAGAUCCCUGAGCUGCAUGUGUUACACUGUACAGUUAAUAUGUGGAGAGUCCGUGGCUUGUGUUCUUACCGGUUCUGACGUCAGGUCCAUUCUCAUUCUGUCAAGUGAAAGUUUGCCUUAAACACAUUUUAAGUAGUUUUGUACAGAAGUGACUCCUUUUCUCACUGAGAAGGUUGAGUGUUUCUGCUCUUGGAGGCUUGUAUUACCAUUUGUUUCUCUUGGCCAGACUGCCAAGCUCAGGUAUUUCACUAGUGAGUUUAAAGGCAUGUUCUUAGCUGACAGGAGUAAACCGCAUCACCUGACAAUCUCUGCUUCACCUAACAAUGCAAAUAAACUUCAUUCUCCUACCUGGAAA